AUGACUGAAGACGUGGAUGGCCACGUCCUCGAUAAGUAUGACCUUCAGAAGAGGCUCGGCAAGGGAGCCUACGGUAUCGUUUGGAAGGCAAUCGAUCGUCGGACAAAAGAAACUAUCGCUUUGAAAAAGGUGAUUGAUUUUCAGACGGGUAUGACUGAAGACGUGGAUGGCCACGUCCUCGAUAAGUAUGACCUUCAGAAGAGGCUCGGCAAGGGAGCCUACGGUAUCGUUUGGAAGGCAAUCGAUCGUCGGACAAAAGAAACUAUCGCUUUGAAAAAGGUGUGUGAACAUUUUAUUGAUUGCUAUCUCUCUUUUCGGUUAAGCUAA